AUGGAGCCCCUUGACGACCAACAAUAUGAGGCAUCAUAUCCUCUCGCCUCACCCUCUGAUAUUAGUGGAUCCAACGCAACUCCAGACACCGAAUACUCGCCUCCUGACAGCCCGUUUCCUAAGCAACAGCUCUUGAAUGACAGCCGAUCAGUAGCGAGGAAAAAGUUGGAGUCUCUAACGACUAAGGAAAAGGUUUCUCUUCUUACCGCUGCAGACUUCUGGAGGACUAAGGCUAUCUCUGAGAAGGGCAUACCGGCAAUCAAAACUAGCGAUGGACCAAACGGGGCUCGCGGUGGCAUCUUUGUUGGAGGCACAAAGGCAGCUCUAUUUCCAUGUGGCAUAUCCCUAGCAGCAACCUGGAAUAAAGACCUACUGUACCAGGUUGGCCAGCAUCUGGCUCGUGAAGUUCAUGCAAGAUCAGCUCAGGUUCUCCUUGCCCCGACUGUUUGCAUGCACCGACACCCGUUAGGCGGCAGGAAUUUCGAAUCAUUCUCAGAAGACCCUUUGCUCACUGGAAAGCUAGCCUCUCAGUACAUCAAGGGGCUUCAGUCGAAAGGGGUUGCUGCCACUAUCAAACAUUUCGUCACGAACGAACAGGAGACACAUCGCCUGACUAUCGACUCGUUAGUAAUGGAGCGGCCUUUAAGAGAGCUGUAUCUACGUCCUUUUGAGAUCGCUGUACGGGAUGCAAAUCCAUGGGCUGUCAUGUCAUCUUACAACCUUAUCAAUGGUGUUCAUGCCGAUAUGAAUCAUCAUACACUGAAAGAAAUCCUGCGAGGGGAGUGGGGCUAUGAUGGGACGGUCAUUUCGGAUUGGGGAGGCACCAACUCAACAGUAGAAUCAAUCAAGGCAGGAUGCGAUAUCGAGUUCCCCUACUCGACUAAAUGGCGCUUCGAUAAAGUCUUGAAGGCUAUUGAGACCGGAGAGCUCACUUUAGGGGAGGUUAAUGCAGCUGCAGAGAACGUGCUCACACUGGUCGAGCGGACGAAGGGCGGCGACAUGUCGGCCGAAGAGCCAGAAAGGGAAGAUGAUAGAGAUGACACCCGUGCACUUAUCCGCUCAGCUGGUGCUGAAGGCCUGACGUUGCUGAAGAACAAAGGCGCAAUACUACCCAUUGAUCCGGAGACAUCCAAGAUUGCUGUUAUUGGGCCCAAUGCUAACAGGGCUAUUGCAGGCGGUGGUGGUAGUGCUAGUCUCAACCCUUAUUACAACACGCUUCCUCUGGAUAGCAUCAAGCAAGCUGCAAAUGGGGAGGUGAUAUAUGCUCAAGGAUGUCAUAUUUACAAAUGGCUCCCAGUAGCAUCACCCUUCUGCACCGAUAAGGCCGGCAAGCCUGGUGUGACGUUAGAAUGGUUUAGCGGCGACAAAUUCCGUGGCGAUGUUAUUGUCACGCAACGCAGGAUCAAUACAGAUCUUUUUCUAUGGGAUUCAGCCCCGCUGGAUCAACUAGGACCCGAAUGGUCAGCUAUUGCAACAACGUACCUCACACCUACUUCUUCGGGGAAGCAUACCAUCAGUUUCAUGAGCGUCGGUCCCGGCAAGUUAUAUCUUGACGGGAAAUUGGCGCUCGAUCUAUGGAACUGGACUGAGGAAGGCGAGGCAAUGUUUGACGGCUCUAUUGAUUAUAUGGUCGACGUUGAUAUGACUGCCGGCACGGCCGUUGAGUUGCGGGUGGAGAUGACGAACGAGCUUCGUCCCGUCUCGAAGCAAAAACAGUUCAACAUGACGCACAAGUAUGGUGGAUGUCGUAUUGGAUUCAAGGAAGAAGACCAGGUCGACUACCUUCAAGAAGCUGUGAACGCCGCCAAGGAAGCCGAUAUCGCCGUUGUUAUCGUCGGUCUUGAUGCCGAGUGGGAGUCGGAAGGUUACGAUCGGAAGACGAUGGAUCUACCCUCCGAUGGGAGCCAAGACAGACUUGUACGGGCCGUUCUCAAAGCUAACCCCCGGACGGUCGUCGUUAACCAGUCUGGUUCUCCGGUGACUAUGCCUUGGGCAGACGACGUUCCUGCUAUCAUCCAAGCCUGGUACCAGGGCCAGGAAGCUGGCAAUGCUUUGGCUGAUGUCCUAUUUGGUCUACGCAAUCCAAGCGGCAAGCUUCCGUCAACUUUCCCUCGUAGACUCGAAGACACCCCAGCGUAUCAUAAUUGGCCCGGGGAGAAUCUCCGCGUGCUAUACGGAGAAGGGCUCUACAUCGGGUACCGACAUUACGACAAGGUGAAAAUCGGCCCACUCUUCCCCUUCGGCCAUGGCCUCUCAUACACGACCUUCGAGUACGGCCGCCCAUCCCUCAGCCACAAAGUCCUGACGUCGUCGGCCUCGAUCCAUCUCGUCAUGGCGGUUACCAACACGGGACCUGUCGCAGGUGCAGAGGCAGUGCAGAUUUACGUCCAGGAUGAGAAGUCGACGCUCCCUCGUCCCGAGAAGGAACUUGCGGCGUUCGAAAAAGUCUCCCUCCAACCUGAUGAGACCAAGCAUAUCACGGUGCCCCUGGAUAAGUACUCUGUGGGAUAUUAUGACCCGGCCAAGGCGGCGUGGAUUGCUGAAGAGGGCACUUUCAAGGUGCUUAUUGGUUCUUCUGCUGCGGAUAUUAGACAUUCCAUCUCGUUCGAAGUUAAUGAGUCGUUCACCUGGGUAUUCUAA